AUGUCCGCUGAUAUUCCGGAGGAGGAGUCCGCUGAUAUUCCGGAGGAGGAGUCCGACCCUACCAAGGAGGGGUCUGUCAUUCCGGUAGAGGACAUUGAUGCGUCGGGGGAAGACCUCGCGAUUCCAGAGGAGGACUUUGAAGUUCCAGACGGGACGUCUGAAAUUUCGGAGUCAGAAAAUUCGCAAGAAGACUACUACGAUCCGGAACACGAGUUUGAUGAUUGGGAAGAGUUUGAUGAUUGGGAAGAGUUUGACACAGACGAGUCUGAGGCGGAUGAUGGGCCUGCUACUGAGGGGGAAAGGACCGAUUUUUUAGAGGAGCCUGAAUCUCCGGUGGCAUUCCCGGAAGAUUUGGAAGGGAGCGAAACGACGGACAGGAUGCAUAUUACCCCACACGAUCUCACCGGUGACACAAACGGGAACACUGCUUCCCUACAGAACAAGUCCUACUUUGGCUCUAUUGCUAAUGCUCUUCGUGCUGCAUACGCGGGAGGACGCCCCGACGACAGGCGCAAGAAUAAGAAAGAUCGCGUGAACCCUAAGCGAACGAAGCCUACCAAGCCCAGGGUCAAGCGCACAAAGCCGAGACCCGGUCGCAAGCCAAAGAAGUCGCGCACUCGCACUCCCCCGCGUAAGAGACCCCGCAACCCCAAGAAACCACGCACUGGCACUCCCCCGCGUAAGAGACCCCGCAACCCCAAGAAACCACGCACUCGCACUCCCCCGCGUAAGAGACCCCGCAACCCUAAGAAGCCACGCACUCGCGGCCCCCCGCGUAAGAGGCCGCGCAACCCAAAGAAACCACGCACUCGCACUCCCCCGGGUAAGAAGCCGCGCAACCCCAAGAAACCACGCACUCGCACUCCCCCGCGUAAGAGGCCGCGCAACCCAAAGAAGCCACGCACUCGCACUCCCCCGCGUAAGAAGCCGCGCAACCCAACGAAGCCACGCACUCGCACUCCCCCGCGUAAGAGGCCGCGCAACCCAAAGAAGCCACGGACUCGCACUCCCCCGCGUAAGAGGCCGCGCAACCCCAAGAAGCCACGCACUGGCACUCCCCCGCGUAAGAGGCCGCGCAACCCAAAGAAGCCGCGCACUCGCAGCCCCCCGCGUAAGAGGCCCCGCAACCCAAAGAAGCCCCGCUCCGGCGGUCGCAACCCCAGGUCCAAGCCUUCGAGGCCUCCGACCUAUACAUUUUCUGGUCAAUCAGAAACGUCAGAAGCCCCCCCUGGGAUGCCAUCCGAGUGCUCUUGCGCUCAAGUCGCCAGCCCCUCAAGCACGUGUUAUACGAUGACAGACUUCGACACAAAAGCUUGCAGAUCGCGUAAAUGCGAGCCGAAGUAUGAGUGUGUAACGAGCGAAGCCUCGAGACAGGUCGUGCAGGCACUGAACGGCACGGACGGCCAGCUGAACGUGGCGCAGAGCACGCGACAGGAAGCUUCGACGCUUUGCCGACUCAAGAAGAUCAGUACCCGGUUGGUGCACGAUCGCUUGAAGGCAGGUUUCUGCCAUGAAGAGAAGGUGGAUUCCUGGGCGUACUCCCCGUACACAACGGCCUAG